AUGAUCAAGAGUAGUGCCUACUACAGCCGCUACCAAACCAAGUUCAAGCGCCGUCGUCAAGGCAAGACCGACUACUACGCUCGCAAGCGCCUUAUCACCCAGGCCAAGAACAAGUACAAUGCUCCCAAGUACCGCCUGGUCGUCCGCUUCACCAACAAGGACAUCAUCAUGCAGCUGGUGACAUCUGAGAUCUCCGGCGACAAGGUCUUCUGCGCCGCCUAUGCCCACGAGCUCAAGGCCUACGGCAUCGAGCACGGCCUUACCAACUGGGCUGCUGCCUACGCCACGGGUCUCCUGAUUGCCCGCCGUGCCCUCAAGAAGCUCGGCCUCGAGGAGGACUUUGUCGGUGUUGAGGAGGCUGACGGUGAGUUCACCCUCACCGAGGCCGCCGAGACCGACGACGGUGAGCGCCGCCCCUUCAAGGCCUUCCUCGAUGUUGGUCUUGCCCGCACUUCCACCGGUGCCCGUGUCUUUGGUGCCCUCAAGGGUGCUUCGGACGGCGGCAUCCUGGUCCCCCACUCCGAGAAGCGCUUCCCGGGUUACGACAUUGAGACCAAAGAGCUCGAUGCCGACGUUCUCCGCAACUACAUCUACGGUGGCCAUGUUGCCGAGUACAUGGAGACUCUGGCCGACGACGAUGAGGAGCGUUACCGCAGCCAGUUCGCCAAGUACAUCGAGGACGAUAUCGAGGCCGAGUCCCUCGAGGAGCUGUACGCUGAUGCCCACAAGGCCAUCCGCGAGGACCCCUUCAAGAAGGUUGAGAGUGCCGGUCCCAAGAAGACCAAGGAGGAGUGGAAGGCUAUCUCUCUUAAGUACAAGACCAAGCGUCUGACCAAGGCCGAGAAGCAGGCCAACGUGCAGAAGAAGAUUGCUCAGCUCCUUCAGGAGGAGUAA